AUGGCGCGCAGCUGGCUGUUGGCUGCUGCGGCGCUGUUCUCCUUGGUCCAAGGGCAGGUACAAACUCAGGAUCGCACGGUGGAGACCUUCUGCCCGGUGGAUUUUGUGCAUUUGGACGUUGCAGUAGCUCGCGCCAACUUGCUGGUGAGCGCUGGGCAGGACAACCCCAUCUAUGAAACCGUGAUGGACGCGGAUAUUGUCACCAAUGGCGUGUCCACCGAUGUCCUGUUGGAGAAAUUCGAAGAGAAUUUGGACGUGACCUUUGUUGCGGGCAAGGCAUUUGCCUUUGUGAUGCUGAUCCUGCUGUUGAUCUUGUGGAUGGGCGGCUGCUGGUGCUUUCUGUUUCCCUGCUGUAUGCGUUGCUGCUGCCGUUGUUGCGAAGUGCAUCACCAGCUGGGAAAGAAAUGGUGGUUCCAUGUCUUCCUGUGGUGCCUAUUCCUGGCCCUGGCCGCGGGCUGCAUUGCCGUCCAAGCCGUGAGCUUCGUGGCCUAUAAUGACAUCGAUCAAGGCAUCCAGGGCACUGCCUGCUACUCCGCCAAGUUUGUGCGCGACGCCGUGAACGGAAAUCCAUCGUUGAAUUUCACGGGCUUUCUGCCCAUCACCGAUAUGUUGGAAGAAGUCACGCUCCUCCUGGAGCCCGAUUCGCCGGUCAUGCAGGACAUCAUAUCUCUCCUGGAUCUCACGUAUGAUUUGGAGAAGGCCAUCACGGUGAAUUUUGCCGUUUUGACCAUGCUGCUGGAUUUGGUUGGUGACCGUCAAAACGCGGCGCCGUCGGGCUCGAUGCACAAAUGUCAGAUCUGCCAGCCGCUGGUGAACCUCGUCCGGCCCCUGCUGGAAGAAUUGGAGGGGACCGUGGCCUUUGCACUCUUCAUAGCUCGCUCUGAGGUUCAUAAGCAGCUGCAGGGCCCUGCACUGACCCAAUUGCGAGCCUCCAUUAAUUCGACUGUGGCUCCCAUAAAGGAGAUCAAGGCCAUGAUCGUAGAGAAGAUCGGUUUCUACCUGAGCACUGCUGAGGGCCAAUUUCAGUACGUGAUGGGCGGCUAUUUGUUUCCCGUGAUCCUGGCUUUGUUCCUGCUGUGCAUUCUGAUCGUCAUCCACGGGAUCUUCUCCCUGGCCGUCUUCGGCUGCUGCGGUGGACGGGAACACGACCCCUGCUGCGUGCGCUACUCCGCGGGAUAUUCGCUGUGUAGCUCCUACUGCUAUACCAUGCUCCUGUUGCUUGGUCGUGGCUGGAAGGUCUUGAGGUUGCUUCUGGGCGGCAUCAUUACGAUCCUGUCCACCGUGGGUAGCGGCGUCUGCUUGGUGAUGCUGGACUAUGACCGAGAGGUGGGCAAGCGGCUGCUGGUGGCUUCGGGUAUGGAGUCCGCCGAGCUGGAUGAGUAUUUGGACAUGGCGCUGAAUCUCUCGGACCAGUGCAUGAGUCUCAAGGGCGCGGAGAACGCGAACUGGAACCUGGUGGAUUUGAUCCCCAUCCCCAAGGUGAAUCCCACCUUCCCAGGCGAGAUGAGCACCCCAAGGAAGGAAAUCAUUGAGCUGGCCAUCAAACCCAUCCAGGAUGCCUUUGCCAAACUGGAUGAGUACGAAGCAUUGAUUCCCACCGUAUCCACGAUGCCUGAGGUGAACAUGGUGUUGAAGGUCAUAGGGGACAUCAACAUGAGAUCCCUGAUCUGGUCCGACCCUACAGAGAUUCUGGUGGACCCCCGAUAUCGUGCGAUGAACCCAGCGUAUCACCUGGUGACCUUGAACUGCCCCGAUACUUUGCUGAGCCCCGACCUGCCAGGGCCAUUGGCGAAUCUGCGGGUACCUGGCAUGGAUUCCAUGGCUAUGGACGGUUACUUCGUGGUCAGGACGACAGGAGAUGAAUUGGCGACGGGGAAUGAAUUCAAAGUGGUCCUUCCGUUGGAAUUUCCGGACACGCAGCCCCGCGGCGGAUCCGAGAUUCAAGUGCACGGCCUCGAAAGUGACAUGUUGACACAGAAUUGGAGCUGCCCUGCGGGCUUUUCUGAGGGCACCUGUGGCACUGCCCCCGCCUCCAACGCGGGCACCGCAGCGGCCUGCCGAGCCGGGCUUGCCUUCCUGGAGGAAAAGAAAUUGCCCUUGCAGCAGAACCCGGUCUUCAAUUGCAGGUUCUUUCAGAAACCGGGUGAGCCCUGGGGCACUCCUUGCGAGAUUAGCAACAUGAGCUUUGGCGAUGCGCAGUGCAUCUUUCCCAAUGGCAGCAUGGAAACCUUCAUUGUAGGUUGCACCGUGGACGAGUUUGCUGCCCAGAUCAGUGGCUUUGAGGAGCUCAUUCGUAGCGGCCUGCACUUUUUGGACUUGACGGUGGACGGCAUUGUCGAUACGAUCAUGAUCACCCUGCGAAGAUUGGUGGAGGAGAACAUCCUCAACCCCCUCAACAUCCUCCUCAACGGCUUGCACUGUUCCUUCAUGCGAGAGUUUUGGUCUGGGUUGACCUCUUCCCUGUGCUUGCGCUCCGUCAGUGGCCUCUACACCAUGUCGGUCAGCCCCAUGACGUUUUGGAAGCGUCGAAGAGAACAGAGUUUGGCUUUGCAGUUUCACGAUUGCUAUGUGGUGGCCGCCAUCCUAAGCUUGCUCGUUGCCGGGGCGAUGUACAUCCCGUGGCGCUUCUCCCGAGAUAACCAGGACAUUUGGCGGACCACGCAUACUGGAGAGGCCGCCGCCGACGCUGAAGCACCCACAGUUGCCGAGACGGAUCUGGCGUCACCGCCGGUGCCAGCGGUGGAAGCGGCACCCCCUUCCGCGGCCGUGCCGGCGGCGGAUGGCACACCAGGGAGCAGGCCAAAAGGUAGCGGUAGCGCUGUUCAUCCUGUAGGUUGCGUCACCACAACAUUCCCGGCCAGCAGCCACAGCAUGCCCUACCUGCCUGUGGAUAUGGUCUUCCGCUUCUUCCCCCGUUGGACCCGGGACAAGGUGCGUUUCUUCUAUUGGUACUACCUGGUCUCUUUCUUGACGGGUCUUGGUAUUUUGAUGGGCUACUUCCACACACCAUAUGUGGGCGACAACUACGAUCACUUUGCUGAGACCCCCCUCUACCUCUGGACCAAAUCGAGCUUGGCGAAAACUGGGCAGCUGGAAGAGAACCUCCGAGUGAAGGUUCAUCACUUCUACCCGCAGACUGAGUAG